AAGCUGUGGCCAGCCAUUUUUUGGUGACGUGCACCAUACAAAUCGGAUGAUAAGGCCUAAUGCGAAUGCAUACCGUCUUUCAACAUGACAAGCCCGGCACCAACAUGCUGAGAAAACCUCUAGCUUCCCCACCUCGAGGCAGCAAAUUUACUUCGGCGAGCCAUUAAGUAUAAUGUUAACACGAGAUGAUUUGUUAUACUCGUCUUCUAUCGUCUUGACGGAGGCUGGGUAUACAUAUAAAUUCAUGCAUAUAAAUCUCUCCCGCACUGCAAUCGAGGUUUUGCUCGCAAUCCACAAUGGUUUCAGAAGACAACCCCCUCUUGACGUCCACCGUGCAUGAAGCUAUGAUAGCUAUGACAGUGUUUGUCUCAUCGAUAUUCGCGCCUUCCAUCUCUAAAAUAGCUAAGGAUCUUGGCUCGAUACAUGCUGUCGUCAGUUUGACCGUCAGCCUGUCGAUCUUGGCGAGUGCCGCCGGAGCAUUAGUUUGGGCCGCUUAUUCGUCUUUGUGUACGCGUAUACAUAGCGUGUCGUGAACUCGCCGUAGUUUCGAUUCCUAACUGCAGUCCUGCAGAUGGACGACGAUCGAUGUAUUUGUGGGGCAUGCCGUUGUUAUGCACCGGGAGCUGCGAUGUCGCAAUAUUGGCUUUGUUCCGGAGUCUGUUAUUCUGGCGGUUCGUACAGACGUUUGGGUGUUCCGGGAAUACCGUUAGGUGCUGGUGAUAUCUGUGACAUUUAUAAAUCGGAGGAGAGGGGGACUGCUAUUGGGGUAUUCAUUAGUGCGAGUGAUCCUAAUGUUGAACGCUCUUGUGUAACUGACGUGGCUUUCUCGAGCUACACUUUUCGGGUUCGCCGUUGUCCCGCUUCUUGGAGGUGCAGCGGCGUAGUAUCGUUCCUGGCGCAAUUUGCACUAUUACCUCGCUGCAUGGGGCUUGCUCGGCCUGUUUCUUGUAUACCUUUCGUUUCCUG